UCAGUUAAUGGGUGAUCUUCAUCUAAGCUAUUUCGUAUUUGAGGCACCGCAAUCCUUCAGGAUGAACUCCAUUCCUGAAGUGACUGAACCCCAAUGCAAGGCCUAUUCCGCCGCAAUUGACGCGGCAGGCAAUAUAAUCGACUAUAAUGUAUUCUCCUGCGUCAUUGAGGCACUUCAACAAUGGAAAUGCAGUGCUUGAUAUGAUGUGAUGUUUGCAGUGGAGAGCAGGGCUGUUUGUAGCAGCGUCAGGCACAUACACUACGUCGAGGUGAAUGCCGUCUUUCUAUUACACCUAGGUAAAUCCAUAGGGCUGAAUUUUUGAUGAAGUCCGCUUUUGUUCGCUUAAACAAAUAAGAUCGUGACGUGUAUGGCCAUUGAACAACGCCCAGAAUUUGAGCCUCAAAUUGACUCCUCAGCCAAGCCUGGGCACAAACAACCCCGCCCCCACCAUCCUCAUCUGAAGCUCACUUCGCUUCAUCAUAUCAUCUCAUCAACAACCUCACUCGUCACAUACUCUUCAUAGAGGCUCAUUUCCGACCCCCCUAGCUCGCACGUUAUGUCUAAAGAUCUCGAUAAAUCCCUGCUUGAUCGCCUAAAUGCCCUUAGGGGCAACAGCGCAGGCCAGGAUAAGCCAGUAUCAACAGAGAUCAAGGUUGAUCUCAUUGAGCGUAAGAAGGCGCCAACUCGAGACGAUACUUUGGCAGCUCGUCUCAAGUCAUUACGAGACCGUGGCGAUGAACCUUCACCUUCACCAGCACCAAGGACAACCCAAACGCCAUCAAAGCCAACACCCCAGCCAGAAAAGACGCCAGAGAAGGACUCUCCCAAAGCCGUAGAUGAUGAAGACGAGUCUAUCUUCCAAACAGAUGACCAGACUCUGGAAGAGCUACUGGGCGAUGUACAACCCGAAGAAGGAUUUAAUCCCGAACCAGACGACGCACAGGUCAAAGCACUUCUAGAACAACUCGCAGACGCAAUACCAAAGGAUACAGAAGACGAAAAGGAUAAAAAGCAUGAUGACUCGGAUGAUUCUGAUGGAGAGGCUAUGAAUAAAGAUGUCGAUGAAGUCAUCGCCCGCUUCCGCGAUGAAGCAGAACUCGAAGCAGCCCUCGCAAAGACCAAAACCCCCGAUCCAGAAUCUGAGCCUGAACCUGAACAAACUCCUUCUAAAACAGAAGAUAUCGCUCUUCCCGAUGUUCCCUCCGACCUCACCGACAUCCCUUCUUCAAAGCGUGCUGGAAGCGCAGAUAUAGAUGACAUAACCGCCCGUCUCGCUGCUCUACGCGCACCAUCUCCCGACCAAGAUUCCCUCGCCUUACCGUCAGUCCCUACAUCCAAACCAUCAGGCCAACCGGUGAAUCGUCUAACGUCACGGACGAACUACACAGAUGACGAUGUGGAAAGCUGGUGUACCGUUUGUUUAGAGGACGCCACGGUGCGAUGUCCAGGGUGCGACGAUGACGUUUACUGUACGCGGUGUUGGUACGAGAUGCAUCGAGGACCACAAGCUGGCUUCGAUGAGAGGAGCCACAAGGCUGUACAAUUCACGAAGGAUAAGAAGGAGAAGGAAAAGAAGAAGAAGGUAGCGCUGGGAGCAUAAAACGAUUUCAAUUUCAAGCUAGACCUCACUACCAUUUACCAUUCCUUGCGUGUUAUAAGCAGAUACCCAAAUAUUGCGAAACUAAACUCCGAACCACCGUGUUGGCGUGCUAAAUAACAAGAUGCCUGCAUCAAUCUGAACUAACUCAUACUAUUUCAUACGUAAACUUCAAGCA